UUUUGUCAUGGCAUUCAUAAAAACUUCGCCAGUCCGGUAUCCAAUUCAGUUUUGACUUAGCGAUGCUCAGUGACAGAUCAGGAUACUAGCUACUACAAAUACAAUUCGGACGACAUUAGUGAUUAUUUACCUUCAGUGAUAUUUCGUUCUUUAUGGACUGUUUUAUAUGAUUCAAAAUGCCUCGGUCGUUUCUAGUAAAGAAGAAACAGAAGAAGGGCUCAUCCCCCGGUGGGAGUCACUCCAUUGAGAAUCUUUUGGCUGAUGUUACAGCGGAUCAUCUCAAAGAAAAUGUGGAAGAUCUUCUGCCAGAGCCUAUCAAGUCUUUCAUACCUGAAGCCAAGCCCCUCACGUGCGGCGAGCAACUGGUCAGGGACCUCACUAUGAAAUCCGUAUUGGAGCCAAGGGCGGAGUGCAUCACGGCGCUCACCCCGAAACCAGAGCCUAACCCAAUUGUACGGGACUCCAAGCCAACGCCAAUUAAACAGGGAUACUCUCCUCCUGAGGCGAUCAAGAUGCACGACCCGCGCUUCUGGCAGAACAGUAUGACGAAUCUCUCGCAACCCUACAUGGCUCUGAACAUGCGCCUGCAGCAUCAUUUGCAGAUGCAGGCAAUGCAAGAACAGAUGAAGUUCUCCCCCUUCCACGGACAGUUUCCCGGCUACAUGAACGGAUACUUGCCACCACCGCCGUUCCCGAUCUCGAGAUCACCACCUCAGCUGUCACCGCCGCCAGAGGUGCCGAUCUUCAUGCACGAUCACAGAUUGGAGUCGCCCAUGAGCGGCAUGACACGACUACCUCUGCCCAAACCGCGUCUUGCACCGGAAGACGUCUCAAAACUGCCAUUCAGCGUCGAAUCCCUGAUCGCCGAACGAAAUGUGGACUUGGACGUCAUCGAACGAAACGAAUCUAAGAAACGACGAAAGGACUUACAAAACGAACCGCCGCGAUAUCAAUGCGAGGCUUGCAAUAAAAGUUACAGCACGUUUUCCGGUUUAUCAAAACACAAACAAUUCCACUGUUUGAGUCAAAGCAAACGACAAUUUAACUGCAAAUAUUGUGAUAAACAGUACUCUUCUCUCGGUGCACUCAAAAUGCACAUACGGACUCAUACACUUCCUUGCAAAUGUAAGCUUUGUGGUAAGGCGUUCUCGCGACCUUGGCUGCUUCAAGGUCACAUUCGGACACAUACUGGCGAAAAGCCAUUCAAAUGCACGCACUGUGGACGAGCUUUUGCGGACAGGUCAAAUCUGCGCGCGCAUCUGCAGACUCAUUCAGAUGUGAAGAAAUACAGCUGCAAAUCUUGCAGUAAGACUUUCUCAAGGAUGUCGCUGUUGCUGAAACACGAAGAUGGUGGCUGUUCUGGAAUCCACAUGCCAUCACCCAUGAGCGUUUAAAAAUAAGACAUUCAUUGGACAGUUUGGACCACGUGACUUCACGGCAGCAGGGAACAAAGUGCGCAAUCCGGGUCGCAUGGACUAUGCAUUCCCGGGUGAUGGCCUAAAAUAUGAAAUCGUUUAGGACAUUUAGCUAUCUGUUUGCAAUAUUUUGUUUUUUUAUGAAAUGUUGUUGGAAGUACGAUGCAAUAAUCUAUAGUGUGAAUCUCAACAAUGAGUGAAUGUUGACAUGGUUUGUUCUAAAUUGUGAAAGUUCUGGUCGUGUACAAAGUUGUAGAUAAUAUCUAAGUCAGAAAACAUCAGCAAAGUUGUCAGGUUAUACUGUGGGAUAAAAAAACCUUGGUAAAAAAAGUCACGGACUCAAGUCUGUUGACAAGUCGAGUUUGAGCUACUAAUUAGCCAAUGUCAGCAGCUUCUGACUCUGGUUUUCUUCCAUAGGGAAUAGGGGCAUUUGUUAGAAUGUCUCUAAAAGAAUCUUUGUUAAUUAGGUGUUAUUUAUUAUGGCGAUUGGUCUCAAGACAAGACACGUUGUGUGCAUUGUUUUGUGAUAGCAGCAUUUUUGCGGCACGUUCAGAAUGUGCACGUUCAUAGCGGUGCUACUUGUGAUAAGGUUUUGGGCCGUUUUUGCAGAUUCUCAUUCCGCAGAUGAAAAAGUUCGGUUGAUGGUCUAAGUACCGGUAUUUCGAAAAACGGGUUUCAAAUUGGGGUACGUGUCAGAUUUUGAAGAAAUAAGCUUACAUAUCAAACUAAUCUGCUGGGAAUAUUUGAAGUCUGGAAUACGGUCCAAAGCAGUUGGUAUCUUUUGUAAAGAUAUCAUUAUAUUACGAUAAGAACAGUUGCUCACUAGAAAAGGGAACAUUUUGGGCGGGAUAUGUCAUAAAUUGUCUGGACCAAACUCUGUCUCUCUUGGCGCCAUAUGGCCUUAACCGUUAAAAUUCAAAUUCACGGUCCCGCCUUUGGACGACCUGUUUUUUACUGGUCGCACUUGUUAAGUGGUUUUUAGGUGCAUGUAUGACAAUGUGGAGUUUGAUUGGCUAAGACAGCGGGCCGCACCGUGCACUACACGUGAGUGGAGGUGCACCACAUUCAAAUUCUAUUGUAUUCCCGCGCGCGGAAGAGGCCGUGAAUGACACCAUUGUCUCGCGACCACGUGGGGUAUAUUUGGGGGCCAAUUUUCAGCAGAAUGGGACAAUACAGUUGUCGGACACCUUGUGAAUAUGAAAGAGUUAUUGAAUAUUCGUACACCAUUCAAAAUUCCAACUCGGUGGUUCAGAAAAUGAUAACAAUGGGCUGCUGAUGUGGAAUGACCUGAUCUCUUUUGAAAUUGUCACCCCAGCACAUGCGAACCCGGAAAUAAUUCAACUCCAUCUCAUUGAGAAUGGUAGCCGGUGUAUAGACUCGGGUCUCGUAUAAGAUAACCCAUUCAUCCCAUCUGUCCCGCUAUUCUUCCCCCACGUGGAGGACACAUACCGCAGGUAUCAUGGACAAUGGGCGUCUGUGCACCCCGAAAAUCUUAGACAUCAAAAUGCGAGGCACUUCAAUUUCUAAACAAUACAAUUUUUUCUCUAUUCUUAUUAUAUACAACGUCCCAAUGCAAAAUAUUGUCCGCUUUUUCAUAGGUGCGCGCCAAAUUUCUAACCGUCAACCUGUUUUGGCGGUCUUUUGCAGCUUGGGGCGGGGGAGGGGGUGGGGACGCGCCGGCAUGCGGAUGCGGAAGCCCAUAUAUUGAAGAUGGUGAAGAAAAUGCGGUGUGCUGUGAAUAAUUAAACAGGUGGCUUUCUCAAAGUAAACAUGGUGCAGAGUCUGUAAUCUUUAUUGGCAUUUCUGAACAACCAGAAGGCAAUUUUCCUAAUAUCAGUUCCCUUUUCGAUAUUCUGUUCAAAGAAAGAAAUUAUAAAUUCUUGAUUUUGAAUACGAAAACAUAACAAACUACAUUUUUGAAAAUGGUUAAAAAGUUUUCAACCACUGAGGUAUAAAACAGCUUGGGGUUUUAAAAAUACUGAAUUUACAAUCUUCGAUAUUUUUGGUGCCGCGACCAAGCUUCCACGAAACUCAGUGCCACACGUGGACCAUUUGGUCGUUUUACUUCGAAUUUGUAUUACUUUUAACAUCAAAUUCUCCUAACAUUAUUCACAGCUUCAGUUAAAUGAUAAUUGUCUCACUUCUUGAAGGAUGGGUCCGCCGACCACGCGAGGUCCACCACUCCGGUGACCGACGCGGUGCAACCCAUUGAAAGUGAGGUGGGACCAUCUGUUGUCGUGGUGUGGGGCAACACCCCAGCUAGCAUUCAAACUUCGGUCACGACCCAAACUUCACCUCAGCAUUGAAGCCUUGAAACAACCUCCAUCACGAAAUGCCGAAGUGAAAACAGCAUGCCGCGAUGCCACACUUUAGAUAGCGCGCGAUAGGGGAAAACACGCUCGCACAAUUUCGGCGUGAAGGGAAAUUGAUGCGAAUAGCGCAUUCUGAGACCGGAAAUGUCGGUGCGGUUCAUUCUGUCCUGCCCUCAGCUAGUCCAUUACGGCAAUUCAUAGAGAAAAUUAAUUACCGUUACUCUUUUGGGUUGCUUCUGGGGUUUUGAAUCCUGAAUUAUUCCUGGAUCGCCCAGUUGGAUGAUGCAGGGCCAUUGGGAUCUCUUCAGCAUUUCGAACACACGAUCUGAGAAGCUGAGAUGGCUUUCUUUCAAAGAGGCCAGACAGCAAGGGCGUUGCGCCAAUUGGGUGUUUUUGAAAUUUUUAUUUCGAAGAGUGAGAAAUAAUCGCCAUUUAAUUAAUCCAAAGACCAAUUCUUUAGCGUGCCAUCACAACUGACAACGACAUUUAUACCUUGAACCACCAAAUUUUCGCGCCCUCUUAUGUUUACAAAUCUCGAAAACUUGCGAACUUGGCGGACUACGAAAAAGGUUCGCGAAAAUUUGGUUGUUUACCUAAGUUUGACAUCAUAAGUGAGUGAAACCAUCGUGAUUUUGCAUUUUGAAGGUUUACCAGUAUAAAAUACUUUGUGUUUUUUUCAUGUUUGUGGACCUGUUUGUUAGUUUAUAUUUGUUUAAAAUGGUGCGUAAAGAUUUAUGAAACAUAGCAGCGAAUACAUUUAUGUUACGACAAAGGUUUCCGAGUACUGAACUUGCCUAAAUUGCAUUUCUUCGCAAACGAAGCGUUUGCGAGACGGGUCCAAAAUGACAGUUACCUUUGGUAACGUGUUACUUUUUAAAAUAAUGACAAUAUAUUGGGUACACAAAUCAUUUCAUAUUUUCGUGAAACCCCAACCUGUUGUAAAUGCCACUUACUGUUUGAGGUGGACAAAGCCAUUUGUAAUCAUGGGUGACCCUUGGUGGCCCGACUUUGACCUUGACGCGUCGUUGUUGCUAUUGGACAGUGUACAGUAUUAAGUCUUGUAAAUACAUCUGUGUACAGUAUUCGAUUAU